AUGACAAAUGAUUUUACAACAUAUACAACUUAUUGUCCAUUAUCAAGUGAAUAUGAAAUAAGUUGUGGUACUAGUGUUUCAGAAGGCUCAACAUACGUUUAUACUUCAGGCUAUAAAUAUUUUUUAGAAUUAAAAACAAUCUACACCACUUAUUUCCCAUUGAGUGUUCCAACUACCAUUAUUGAAUCACCUGAAGGUGGUAUUGUUCAUAUAUAUACAACUGGUUAUAAUAUUGUUACUAAAGGAGCAAAAACAUAUACUACAUAUUGUUCUACUGAAGUCCCAACUACAAUUACUGAACCAACAGCUGCAGGUGAUACUUCAUAUGUGUCUUGGACACCAGCACCAACUGUUGCUGCUGAAUCAAAUUCAGGAUCAACUGUAAAUGAAUCACACGAAUCAGGAGUUAUUUUCGUUCAUGAAGGUUCAGGUUCUGGAUUAAGAUUCUCAUUAUUAGCUGGUUUAAUAUCAUUUAUUGGUGCUUUAUUUAGGUUCAAGUUGCUUUCAAAUUUCGUUACUUUUUAUUUAUAA